AGUGUGUGCUGAGGAAUAAAACUUGUGGUGAGGAGGGCAGCCCAGCACACCACCCAGUGUAUGGGUGAAGGAGGCAGCAGUGCGGCCGGAGAGGAGAGCUGGGCUGGGAGCACAGGAAGGUCCCCAGGACUCUGUGGUCAUCAGUAAGAGAGGGCCCGCAUGUAUACGCUGGUGAACAGAAAUCUCAACCUUUUCAAAGUCUGACAUUUAAGAGAAAAAACUGUGGCUGCUGGUUUGUGGAACAGACAGCUUCUUCUUUAUUGAAGCUGCAUCUUAUUGACAGAUGGUCAUCACAUUGGGGACCUGGAGUCAUCAGAUUGUGGGGCUCGGAGUGAGGCUGAAGGGAGUGGAUCAGAGUACUGCGUGAGAAUCAAUUCCACUUUCCUGCUACCACUGCCUGUGAGCUGAAGGGCCUGAACCAUACCCUCCUUUUUCUACAUCCAGCCUGCAUUUUUUUGCCCACAAUGAGCGGGGAAUCAAUGAAUUUCAGCGAUGUUUUCGACUCCAGUGAAGAUUAUUUUGUGUCAGUCAAUACUUCAUAUUACUCAGUUGAUUCUGAAAUGUUACUGUGCUCCUUGAAGGAGGUCAGGCAGUUCGCCAGGCUAUUUGUACCGAUUGCCUACUCCUUGAUCUGUGUCUUUGGCCUCCUGGGGAAUAUUCUGGUGGUGAUCACUUUUGCUUUUUAUAAGAAGGCCAGGUCUAUGACAGACGUCUAUCUGUUGAACAUGGCCAUUGCAGACAUCCUCUUUGUUCUUACUCUCCCAUUCUGGGCAGUGAGUCACGCCACCGGUGCGUGGGUUUUCAGCAAUGCCACGUGCAAGUUGAUGAAAGGCAUCUAUGCCAUCAACUUUAACUGCGGGAUGCUGCUCCUGACUUGCAUUAGCAUGGACCGGUACAUCGCCAUUGUACAGGCCACGAAGUCGUUCCGGCUCCGAUACAGAACGCUGCUGCGCAGCAAAGUCAUCUGCCUUAUUGUGUGGGGAGUGUCAGUCAUCAUCUCCAGCUCAACUUUUAUCUUCAACCAGAAAUACACCAUCCAAGGCAGCGAUGUCUGUGAACCCAAGUACCAGACCGUCUCGGAGCCCAUCAGGUGGAAGCUGCUGAUGUUGGGGCUUGAGCUACUCUUCGGUUUCUUUAUCCCUUUGAUGUUCAUGAUAUUUUGUUACAUGUUCAUUGUCAAAACCUUGGUGCAAGCUCAGAAUUCUAAAAGGCACAAAGCCAUCCGUGUAAUCAUAGCAGUGGUGCUUGUGUUUCUGGCUUGUCAGAUUCCUCAUAACAUGGUCCUGCUUGUGACGGCUGCAAAUUUGGGUAAUAUGAACCGAUCCUGCCAGAACGAAAAGCGACUUGGCUAUACAAGAACUGUCACAGAAGUCCUGGCUUUCCUGCACUGCUGCCUGAACCCUGUGCUCUAUGCUUUUAUUGGGCAGAAGUUCAGAAACUACUUUCUGAAGAUCAUGAAGGACCUGUGGUGUGUGAGAAGGAAGUACAAGUCCUCGGGCUUCUCCUGUGCCGGGAGGUACUCAGAAAACAUUUCUCGGCAGACCAGUGAGACCGCAGAUAACGACAAUGCGUCGUCCUUCACUAUGUGAUGGGAAGCUGAGUCUCCCUAAGGCAUGUGUGAAACAUACUCAUAGAUGUUACGCAAAAAAAAGUCUAUGGCCAAAUAUGCAUGGAAAAUGUGGGAAUUAAGCAAAAUUAAGCAAGCGUCUCUCCUGCGAAACUGAACAUGCUCAUGGGCUGUGUGAUCUCUUCAAGGUGGGGUGGUCUCUGAUAGCCAGCAUUUUCCAGCACGCUUGACGAGGAAUGUUCUGUAGCUCUAGGGUAUAUAUCUGCCCCGCGUUUCACAAAACAGCCUUUGGGAAAUGCUGAAUUCAAGUGAAUUGUUGACAAAUGUAAA